AUGAAGAAGCUGGCCCGCCGGCAGGCCCAAGAGGCGGCAAGCCAACAGGCUAAACGAGUUUGUGCCAGUUCUGCUGGCUUAUUUAUACUCAGUCAUCAUACUGGCGUGCCCUCAGAUCAAGCGCAAGGAAAUCAGCUCAUUACAACGUUAAGCACAGAUGCUGGAGGAAGAGAGGCAAGGGGAGGACUAUAUGACAUUGGAGAUGACUGCAGAACUGUUAAUUUUUCUGGUAAGACUGGCGCUGUGCGAAACGACGAAACGCUAAUUGAGCAUGGACCUAUAGGAAAUUUGAGUAGAGUUCUUGGAGGCUGCUGUCUUUUGGCUGAAGAGGUCCAGGAUGGCAGUUUGGCACCCCUUGGCGAUAUUCAGCUGUCAUCACAUACUUGCUUGCCAGGGUUUAGAGGUUCCUGUCUAACCGCAAUGGUGACUGGUGACUGCGGGAUAGCCGAGUUAUUUGCUUGUGCUGAACUUCAGAAGCAACAGGCCAAUUUGCAUCCUCUUCAAACUACAGAUCAGCCUGACCAUAUACUUCCGCUGGUCUCACCUCAGCCUCCACCAGAAUCAUCAGUACAGCUGCACCAACCCCAGCAAUACCCCCAGACUCAUCAGCAACAUUUGCCACAGCGCCAAAUUCAAAUAGGCCUUUCAUGUCCUCCGGGAUCUAUAACACCUAGCUUUGUAUCAACCCCAUCAUCCUGUGAAAACCUCUCCGGUUAG